AUGUUGGCUCCGAAGAGCACACACAAGCGCAAACGCAGUUCGGUCCGAACUGACAAGGCCCGAAAGCUGGGAGCUGCACGAUGGAUCGUCAACCUCUUACCGCCCAACGCUACCACAUCUUCUUUAACAAGUACCAGCACCGAAGAGGCGAAAACCCACACAGAAUCGUCUCAAACUAGUCGACUGGAACAGCUCGUCAACGCGCAUCCGUUGAAUCGCUCGCUCGAACUCAUCCUGCCCAUGGUUCCCGCAGUAAGCGGUGCAUCACCUGACAGCAACACAGAGCUUCCGGAUAGCGUGCGCUCGCUCAUCGCUAGACUGGAGCACAUUGCCUCUUGUCACAAAUCCUACCGAGCUCGCAUCCCACUCAGCCUGCUUCUCGAUCCGCUCUUUGUCACUGCAUAUCUCAAAACCGGUUCACUGAUUGCAUUGAGCGAUCCAUCACCAGCUCCCGGCCUUUCCCCCGGUCAGGAGGACAUGGCCUGCAUCGAUGGCCAAGGAACGCUAGUGCUCUCACUCUGUAAGGAUACCUACCAGACACUGGGUCUUACAGGACGAGCAAGCCAUUUCUCGCGCUUGUCAUCCGGACGAGCUGCGGAUCGCACCAGCGGCCCAGACUCGCGCUUUAUCGUCCAGCUUCCACUACUCUCGCCUUCAUUCGUACCUGGAAAGAAAGGUUACCAGCAAGCGCUUGAUCGACUGCGACAGUGGGACCGCACACGCGCGCGAGUCCUGUCUACGCAACAGACCAUAGCGCAGUCGCAUGCAUCGUCCAGUAUGCAAUCUUCAGCCCAGUCUGCUGAGACGGUGAGCAGCAAACAUGCAACGUGGGACAUGCUGUUUGUAUGGUCGCCAAGUCGAGCUUGCGCGGACACGAUCGCUGCAGUUUCCUCGUCAUCCGCCUCAGCGAGCUCGAUGAACGAGAUCGCGUUUCCGGAGCACCUGGUGCGACCCGACGACGUAGAGUGUUUGUCGCUCCAACCGAAUACAGUCAUUACACACUCAGUAUGGAUUCCUAAGCUCAGCGAUCCUGAUCAGCAUUCUCUGGGAGGUGGAUGCUCUGAAAACGAACGCCACUUUACUGACCCCGAACCACCUCGGAAGGGAUCUGCAUUGUCGACUUGGUCAGCAUACCAGGAUGGCUUGCAAGAAGCAAUCGAAUGGGCCGGGCUAGCUUCUUUGGGUGCAGAUGCGUUGCGCACAUUCACCAGACCUGACGCAACAUGUGUCUAUAGUCCACCAUCUUGCUCACUGCCAGGUAGAGUGCUUAAGCUCACCUGGUCAGGAUCUGCCGGAAGCUCAAUGCUUCUCAGCCCUCUAUUCAUAAUCCAAGUUGCCGAACAAGUCAAUCGGCUCAUACUGGAAUCAUCGUGCACGACUAACCCGGAGCACGUCAAGGAGUACAUUGAUUGGGCAGCUCUUUCGUGCUCUGGGUUUCCUCAUGCGCCCUUGUCGUGGCGUUCCAAAGUCGCUUUCAGUUCACUGUACGGAGCAAAGGAGCUGUCUGGAAGCAAACGCGCCUCUCGAGCCAAAACGACAUUGUCAGCGCCGCUUGAAUCCGAAAAAAUCGGUUUCACAGAUGCAUCUUCCUCGGAAGACGACGAUCAACACCAUGUCGAUAGCGACUCAUCGCUCGACGUGGACGGUCUGCAAAGCCAAAAGCGAAAGAGAAAGAAACGGUGCAAACGCAACGUUGGAAAAAAUCACACUGAACACUCCUUUACCGCUUGGACAGGUGAAACAGGCUGGAUCUCGUUCUGUCUCGGCACGCGUCAUCGCGAGCCUGUACCAGCACCCACACCGCGGUCUUGCCGAUGGGUGCUUGUCGAGCUGAUCGGCACCGAUACCCGGUCGUAA